GAUGCGUCCGCCUCCUCCGAGAGCCAAAGAUAGAAAGCAUUUUCUUGUAGCGUGGUUGAAACAUUGUAGCAACCAUUCUUGUACCAUUUCCUUGAAUAUUAUGGCUUUUAUACAUCCAAAAUGAUUUCUUGUUUAGUUUCAGAAUUAAAAAUGAAUUACAACUGUUGCCACCAUCAUUUCAGCUUAAACACAGCGUCAAACUAAGGAGUCUGAUGUGACACACAAAACAACAGAAGGCUGGGAUUCUUUCCGAACGCUCAUUGGUUUAGAGCUAGAGAGGGGGAGGGAUUUAUCAUAAGCAACAGCUUGCUGAGGAAGUAGAUCCGGGGGCAGCGGGAAGGAAACGAGGAGGUAGAGAAGUAAAUACGGAAACAGAGAAGGAAGGGAAGAAGCACAGACGGAUAAGAGGAGGUAGAGAAGUAAACAAAGAAACAAAAGGAAGGAAAGACGUGCAGAAGGCAGCAAGGUAUCAGGCGGUGUUACCUCUAGGUAUCCAAUGACAGCUCUCAGAUCAUGUCCGCGGGCGGGGCUCCACACAGAGCGGACUAAUGAGGAGGAGGCAGAGCCAUGACGGGCGAGGAGACGAGGGGGGGUCGGCGGUGGUGGGGGAGCAGAGCGUGGCGGCGGGGGGCAUGCCGCAGCUUGCCGUCUUCCUGUUCCCCUCGGAGAUGGUGUUUUACGCCGAGCAGAGGAGCUCCCAUAGGAGGGUGCUGACCCUCUACAACCCCUACAGCUUCAGCCUCAGCUUCAAGAUGUGGUGCACGGCGCCCUCGUUCUACAGGGUGGUGGAGGCAGAGGGCAGCAUCCGGGCCAAGUCCUGCGUCGACCUGGUCGUGCGUCAUCUGGACGUCUCCCCCAGAAACUGUGGCCGCAGGGACCGGUUUCGCAUGGAGGUGAGGGGCGGAGGCCAGGUGGGACGACGGGAGAUCUGGGCGGAGCUUAGAGGAGGACGAGAGGAAGAGGAGCAAAGAGGAGGUCAACAAAGGGCGCCUUCCCGUCCUAAUUCUCAGCUCCUGCCCACACAGGCACACCUGCCUGCCUGCACAGCUGUGCGCAGCGCGUCUCAGUGGGCGGUGUGUGUGGCUGUGGCGGUGCUGUGUGUCACAGUGUUGAUGCUCCCCCUGCACACUGACAGCAACUCGCUGGUUCCACACUGGCUGCACGUCUCCACCAAUCAGAAGCUGGUCUUGUUACUAUGGUGUUUCUACGGUGACGUCAUGCUGCAGCGACCUGUGGCCUCACCGUCGUCCACACAGGAGGAGCCCUCAGACGAUUGUCAUGGGACAGCGAGUAGCGUGUUCAAAAAAGCUUUAUUUAAACUUGUCGAUGGAGUGGACGGAGUCAUCGACCACAGAGGAACAGUUGGAUAUGAGCGCCGUGAGAAGAAAUGGAUAUUGAACCGAUGAACAUGUGACAAAGCUGUGAUGCUGCGUAAAUAAAAUGAUUGUAAAUAAAAACAGAAAGUGAUGAUUUUAA